UGCGGUAGUUUCGCGCGGCUCGGUGUAAACUGUGAAGAUAUGGAUGCUAACAGAAGCGAAGGAAGUGAUGAUCCCAGUGUGGCUCUGGAGAGGAUAGUGAAUCAAUGGGUGCUGGAUUAUUACUUCUCCCGCGCCGUCAAGGCCUUCAGGAGCAAUAGCCACACUGACUUCGCCGAGUUUCGGGAUGUCAUAUCAGUUAUCAUUCAGCGUCCAUUAGCAACCACUGUACCAAACUCACGCAAACUGCGCAUGAUGCAGUUCCUUUCUAGAGUUGAGGAAGGAGAGGACCCAGAUUGUGUGUUUGAGUCAGAAACCAAUGAAACUCCUCUGGAGUCGGCUAUUAAAGUUCUGUCCUUGAUCCAGCAUGAGAUUCCUCUUGACGCACAGUUACUUAGAUCCAACAAACAGAUGCUGAAAGAAGCGGCAGUUAUAGUUUGUAUAAAAAAAGAAAAAUAUAAUAACGCCAGCCGGAUUUUGCAGAAGUACAUUACAAACCACUGUGCAACAAAGAAAGUGCGAGCAGAACUCCUUCAAAUCAUCAAAGAUCAAAAGCAGGAUCAUCCCUUAAUUAAAAACUUUUCCUUUUCUGAACUGAAGGAAAAAGUGUACCGGAUGUUUAAUAGUCUCAUUGAUGGCUCGUAUCCCUUCCUGUUAACUGUUGCCAAGAAUGGUCAAGAAUCUGAAAAUUUACCAACAGAGCCACAGACCCCAGUUAAGAAUCCUGAGCUGCAAAAUCAUCCUGCAUCUCCUCCUCCUGCUGCUUCACCACCUCCACCUCCUGCUGCUUCACCACCUCCUGCAGCUUCACCACCACCACAACCUCCUGAAGCUGCUUUACCACCUCCUGCAGCUUCACCACCACCACAACCUCCUGCAGCUGCUUCACCACCUCCACCUCCUGCAGCUGCUUCACCACCUCCACCUCCUGCAGCUGCUUCACCACCACCAACACAACCUCCUGCAGCUGCUUCACCUCCUCAAGAAGAGAAUCUGAUGACUUUGCAUACGCCAAACCCAGAUCCUGACGUAGAUCCUACAUAUAGUUUAUCCGUUAUCAAGUGCGAGUUUAAGGUCCUUUGCACAGAUCAGGACCCUGAGAGCACGUUCAAGACUCUGUGUGAAACGGAUUAUCCUUACUGCAGAUCUGUUAGCCCGGCUCGCUCCCCGGGAAACAAAAGUCACCCGAAGAGCUGCUCUCCGAGAAAUGGCACUGCAACAAGAAAAGUAAGCAUGAAGCGCAAGAAUACGGUGACUUUGAAUCAGCUAGUGAUGGAGAAGGACAGUCAAUGUGAGAGUGACAGUGACAGUGACGAUGCCUCUCGAUUCGACACCAGGGAGCCCUCUGAACCUGCCGCUGGAAAAUGUCUGGGUGAAGGUGGGAUUCCCAAAAAAAUUAAAAAGACCUGUGUCUUGAACAACUCGAGCGUUUGUGAGGAGCAAGACACUUGGAGCGAGGAGGAUGAGUUAUUCCAGAACAAACGAACUGCUGGAACCUCCAGUGUGUCAUCUAGUAACCUCAGGAGACAGAAAUGGACUGUAGAAGAAACAGAGUGGAUUCAGAAUGGUGUGAAGAAAUUUGGAAUGGGAAACUGGAAGAGCAUCUUAAAGCAUUAUCCUUUCCAGAACCGCACUUCUGUAAUGAUUAAGGAUCGUUGGAGGACCAUGAAGAAACUUGGCCUUGCGUAAAACAAUCUGUAUAAGACUGUGGAUUGUGCCAAGAUACUUUGCGUGCUGGCCACUCAAGGAACAUUCCAUCACACAGUGCCCGCUGCAAGGAUUGUUGUUGUUGUUUGUUUAAUGACUUUAAAAAAUAUAAUUUGAUUUUACCCUUGAAGAAA